AUGUCUGCAUCUCCUGUUCUACAUGCAGGUUGGCAAACCAACCCAAUCUUUCACCAUCGGCACCCUCGACGCGCCCCUUUCACGCGAAAAGAUAAACAAGCUGAGUGCGAUAUCAUGACUAACUGCGCCUCAGAGCAACACGCAGCUUAUUCAGAACAGCUUCCUGUACUUCUGACGCUUGCUAUACCUACUACCUACACCUCCAACACCAAUUCCGCCCUAGCCAUUGCACAAGAAGUUGUUCUGGCUCCUGCAGUCAUGCCUCUGGAUGGUCCGCUCCCAGCUUCUUCUCGCGAGCCCCAUCCAGCGUGCCCAACAGUCCGUACUACUGUACGAUUAGGAGAUUUUGAGGCCUGUACGGACGAGAUUGCCUGUACAAGAGGUAGAGUUAAAGGCCUAAUAGCUCCUUAUAAGGCUAUUUUCCCUAGUAACCUUAUAGCUAGAAUACUUAAUUUACCUUUAUAA